UCUUCUUUCCCAUUUGCUCUCCUUAGUUUCCCUCCCAUUUCCUAUUGUUACAUAAUCCUGUUUUUACAGCCAUCUCCCUUUAAUCUUUGAGGUGGCAUUUCUUUAACUCCUCAGUGAUCUGCCUUUGUGUGCUUCUUGUCUGUUUCUUGGACUUAUUUUGCUUUUUUUUGCACUGUCUGGACUUGUUGCAUCUUUUGGACUUUGGACUGUCCUCAUAAAAGCAACAGCAGAAGGACAUCAUCACAUCCAGAGAGGAGUAAACAUGAAGGCCACAGUGGGACUGCUGCUUCUGCUGCUCACGGUUUAUUACUGCGCUGCUGCACCUCAACAAUUGCUUGAAAUGUCUCAUGGACAAUGCUGUUUCAAAUUCUUUACUAGAAGGAUACCACAGAAGAAAAUAGUCUCUGUCAUCAAGACUCACAGCGCCUGUCUGGAAAAAGCAUUUGUGAUCGGUACAGCCACCGGGAGGCGCAUCUGUGUGAGCCAGAGCGUCACCUGGGCUCAAGAAGCUUUUGCAUCAAUGGCCAAUCUGCAGAACGAUGAUGAAUAAAGCUCUUCAGAGUUCAUGAUCAAGCAUAAUAAAGCUUUGUGUUAUGUUAACCCAUGCUAGCAAUUUUAUAAGACAGCUGCAGCCUGGGUUUUGUACCGGGCAUACCCAGUUUCCUGUUUUAUAUUCUCCUUUUUAUAUUUUUGGAGUUUUCAGUUUGGAUGUUACCUUUGCCUAGGUUAUGUUUUUAUUCUGAUAUUAGGUGUUAAGUUUUUCAUGCCCUCCUAUGUUCCCCAUGCCUAGUUCUGUUUUGCUGUAGUACUUCCUUGAUUUAGUUAAUCUCUGUCUUCAUUUGUACUAUGGAUUUGCAGCUGCCAACUAAAUAAAGGUCAGUCUUUGGUUAUUCAA